CCUGACAGCAUUGCGUUGAAUCCGAAUGGGAUUUUGUAUUCUUUUUCUUUUUGGGUAACAAUCCCAAUGAGAUUACAAUUUACAAUAGCUAACUGCCUUAAAUUCCUUUCUUACAUUGGUCCCUUUAUAUUCUGUUCACAUAUAUCACAAUCACAAAUACCAUUCUUACAAAUUGGUCUGUGUUUACAUAUAUCAAAUUCACAAAAACAGUUUCUCCCUACAGCAGCUAUUAAAAUCUUGCAACCCCAUCACUUCCCACCACCAAUCUCUCAGAUUCAAUUUUUUUUCUCACAAGAAUGGGAAGUAACGGAAAUAGUUGGGCGGAUCAGUGGGGCAGUCAAAACGACGUCGGAUAUGAAGAUGAUGGCGGCAAAGGAAAAAGCAGCGGCAAGAAGAUGGAGAAGGUAACGGCGGCGGCAUCGGCGAGUUUUGACAAGGCGAAGGCAGCGGCGGCAGUGGGGGCUGACAAGGCAAAGUCUGCGGCUGUGGUGGGUGCAAAGAAGGUGAAGAGUGGUACUUCUCUUGGGUUUAAAUGGAUUAAGGACAAGUGCCAAAAGGGAAACUCUACAAAGUAAAUUGAGGGGAAAAAACAAAGAGAAAAUAGAUAAGGAGAUGAAAAGGGGAAGAAUGAUUGGUGAGGAUUUUUUAAUCAAAGGCCUACAUAUACUUAUCAUAAUGGAUUGUUUGAUGAAUGAAAAUUGUGCUUUUUCAUGCAUUCCUUGUUUUGUUUAUUUAAUUCUUUUAUACAACAACAAACAACAACAUACUUGCUAUAUUAUAUUCCCACAGUGUAAGGUCUCGAGAUAGUAAUGUGUACACAUACCUUUGUCCUUCCUUGUGAAGGUACAGAAAUUAUUUCCAAUAUUUGAUUCAUUUCUA